UUAAAAUCAGCCUACACCUUCUCCAAAGCACUACAAUUCCCAAGGAAAUAGCAGAAGCGAUACAGCUUUCACUUGAAGAAAUGCGUUUACAUGGUUCAGCGGAGAAUUCAACUGUGUCAAACUACACUAUGACUGAGGGAACGCACCUGCGGAGGAGGGGGGGUCCGUACAAGACGGAGCCCGCCACAGACCUGAGGCGCUGGAGGCUGAGUAACGUGGAGGGCAGGCAGGCCUGGUGCUACCUGGAAGGUCAGGGGUCACCUGGCAGAGCGCAGACCAUGCUGGAAGCUCACUCGCUGGGCUUGGACACGAGUACCUUCGUGUCCGGCUCUGAAGCCGCCCACACGGCCGUAGAAGCAGCUUUGAAAGGUAUGAACUUCUACAGCCACCUCCAGGCCGAGGACGGUCACUGGGCAGGGGACUACGGCGGACCCCUCUUCCUGCUCCCAGGUCUCCUGAUCACAUGCCAUGUGGCUAAGAUCCCCCUGGCCCACGCCUGGAAGCAGGAGAUGGUGAGGUACCUGCGCUCCGUGCAGCUGCCAGAUGGAGGCUGGGGUCUACACAUUGAAGAUAAAUCGACCGUCUUUGGCACAGCGCUGAGUUACAUCUCAUUAAGGAUCCUGGGAUUAGAGCCUGAUGAUCCACAUAUGGUCAGAGCCAGGAACAACCUGCACAGCAAAGGAGGCGCUGUGGGGAUUCCCUCGUGGGGUAAAUUCUGGUUGUCCAUCCUCAAUGUCUACAGUUGGGAGGGAAUGAACACCCUGCUACCAGAGAUGUGGCUGUUUCCUACUUGGAUGCCAGCCCACCCCUCGACCCUGUGGUGUCACUGCCGCCAGGUCUACCUCCCCAUGAGCUACUGCUAUGCUGUGCGACUGGCUGCAGAGGAGGACGCCCUCGUCCUCAGCCUCAGACAGGAGCUGUAUGUGCAGGACUACGGCAGCAUUGACUGGCCCGCUCAGAGGAACAACGUGGCAGCAUGUGACCUGUACACCCCUCACAGCCCACUGCUCACCGUGGCCUACAUGGUGUUGAAUAUGUACGAAGGCCACCACAGCAGCACUCUGAGGGACAGGGCUGUCAAGGAGCUGUAUGAACACAUCCAGGCUGACGAUCGCUUCACCAAGUGCAUCAGCAUCGGCCCGAUUUCAAAGACUAUAAACAUGCUGGUGCGCUGGCAUGUGGACGGCUCGUCCUCUCCCGUCUUUCAGGAGCAUGUGUCCAGGAUACCAGACUACCUCUGGUUGGGAUUGGACGGCAUGAAAAUGCAGGGGACCAACGGCUCUCAGCUGUGGGACACUUGUUUUGCGGUACAGGCUUUCCUUGAGGCAGGUGCUCAACAUGACUCCAGACUAGCUGAGUGCCUACGAGAUGCCCAUCGGUUUCUCACCAUCACACAGAUACCUGAGAAUCCUCCCGAGUACCAGAAGUACUACAGGCAGAUGAGCAAGGGAGGCUUCCCCUUCAGUACCAGAGACUGUGGUUGGAUCGUAGCUGACUGCACGGCGGAGGGCCUGAAGUCCGUGAUGCUGCUGCAGGAGCUCUGUCCCUCCAUCAGCCAGCCGGUCCCUGCAGAGCGCCUGUAUGACGCUGUCAAUGUGCUGCUGAGCAUGAGGAACCGUGACGGUGGAUUUGCGACGUAUGAAACUAAGAGAGGAGGGAAGCUCCUGGAGCUGCUCAACCCGUCCGAGGUGUUUGGGGACAUCAUGAUAGAUUAUACCUAUGUGGAGUGCACCUCAGCAGUAAUGCAGGCUUUGAGGCACUUCCAGAAGGAAUACCCUGAACACCGUGCUGAGGAAAUAAGGUCCACUCUGAGAGAAGGACUGGAGUACUGCAGGAAGGUCCAGAGGCCUGAUGGAUCCUGGGAAGGGUCCUGGGGGGUGUGCUUCACAUAUGGAACAUGGUUUGGCCUUGAAGCCUUUGCUUGUAUGGGCCACGUCUACAAGGAUGAGACAUCCACAAACUCCACUUCUGAUCUGCACUGCAGGGCCUCUGGUACCAGGGACGAGGUGCAGAGAGCCUGCCGGUUCCUGCUGGACCGGCAGAUGCCGGACGGGGGCUGGGGGGAGGACUUUGAGUCUUGCGAGGAGCGGCUCUACAUCCAAAGCAGCAGCUCUCAGAUCCACAACACCUGCUGGGCUCUGCUAGGCCUCAUGGCCGCCAGGCAUCCUGACAGGGGGGCCAUUGAGAGGGGAGUCCAGAUGCUGAUUGACCACCAGCUGCCCAACGGGGACUGGCCACAGGAGAACAUCGCUGGUGUGUUCAAUAAGAGUUGUGCGAUCAGCUACACUUCCUACAGAAACGUCUUCACCGUGUGGGCCCUCGGGCGCUUCGCCUCCCUUUACCCCAGCAGCCCGCUGGCAGGGAAGCUCAAGCUGUGAAGACUUUUAAUGGCUCACUGUGUGCUACGAAAAAACCUCAACCCACAAUCCUUCAGACCAUCGAUGGAACGUCUCUUUCUUUCUUUUUUGCUGCGACACACAAACUGUUUAAUGGGAUUAGUGAAUGAAUGUUUAAAAUGCAGUCAGCCUACGAAUUAUGAAAAAUGUGUUUUCAUCCACGUUCCCAGAAACUAGUUCAUCAGAACUCAUUGUGCCAACAAGCUGCUCCAAACGCCCAGUUCAUCACCUCAAUUCUAACAUAUAUGUCCUUCACUGCUCAUUUUUCUGUGCUUGUGAGUGAAUGUACUUCCAAUGGCUGCUCCUGGCCACAUACUGGUUCCUAUUGGUUUGUGCUCCGCUACGUAGCAAACAGACUACAUGAAUAAAAUGCACGUUCCUGCA